CGAUUUUCCACAUUCCCCAUUUAUUCAUCCGAGUUUGUUACACAAAGAAACACACAAUCUCUCCCCCAUUUCACUAUAAAUGCACCAUCUGAUCACUUCCCUUCACCAACCUUCCAUCACAUAAUCCCAAUUCUCUUCGAUAAUCGAUCAAAAUUCGAAUCGUGAUCCUUGUUGCAGUAUCGGAAAAUGGAUAUCGAUUUGUCACCAAAAAUGCCUAAGAAGUCAUACGGAGGUGCCGGAGGAUCGUAUCAUGCAUGGUGCCCCAAUGAACUCCCUAUGCUCCGCCAAGGUAACAUCGGUGCUGGUAAACUUCUUCUUGAGAAAGGCGGUCUUGCUCUCCCUCGCUAUUCCGAUUCUGCUAAGGUUGCUUACGUUCUUCAAGGCAAUGGAGUCGCUGGCAUUGUUCUCCCUGAGAAAGAAGAGAAAGUCCUAGCAAUCAAAACAGGCGACACCAUAGCCCUCCCUUUCGGUGUAAUCACAUGGUGGUACAACAAAGAAGACACAGAGCUUCAAGUCCUCUUCUUAGGCGACACCAAAACCGCCCACAAACCCGGAUCUUUCACCGACUUCUUCCUAACCGGAUCCAAUGGCAUCUUCACCGGUUUCUCAAUGGAAUUCGUCUGUCGUGCUUGGGACGUAGACGAAUCCACUGCCAAAUCCCUUGUCAGUUCACAAACCGGAAACGGAAUCAUCAAAGUCGAUUCCGGAGUCAAGAUGCCGGAACCAAACAAAGACCACAGAUCCGGAAUGGCAUUGAACUGUUUGGAAGCUCCAUUGGAUGUCGACAUUAAGGGAGGUGGUAGGGUGGUUGUUUUGAACACAAAGAACUUGCCUUUGGUUGGUGAAGUUGGAUUAGGAGCUGAUCUUGUGAGGCUUGAUGGGAAUGCAAUGUGUUCUCCUGGAUUCUCGUGUGAUUCUGCUCUUCAAGUGACUUACAUUGUGAGGGGAAGUGGUCGCGCUCAAGUCGUUGGUGUUGAUGGGAAACGUGUUCUUGAAACAACUGUGAAGGCUGGGAUGUUGUUCAUUGUUCCUAGGUUCUUUGUCGUUUCCAAGAUUUCUGAUAAUGAAGGGCUGGAAUGGUUCUCCAUCAUUUCUACUCCCAAUCCGAUAUUCACUCAUAUGGCUGGAAGAACAUCGGCGUGGAAGGCGUUGUCUCCUGAGGUGUUGCAGGCUUCGUUUAAUGUGAGUGCUGAUGUGGAGAAGACAUUCCGUUCCAAGAGGAUGAACAUUUGUUAUGGAAGGGGUGAACUUAUUUUAGGAGUAGGGGUCUUAAUUCGAAACGCCUUGGUUGGCGACGGAGUGAUGGGUGCAUUGAAAUCUCUGGAGGAGGACUAUCACAUAAUCGACGCCAACUUUCUUCAAUUCUGUGCAUCUCGCGGCAUUUUUUCCGAAUUGUCAGGAGGAUGAACCUACUCAGUGUUUUUCCUUUCCACAGUUGAAGAUUUCUUAGUUCAUGAUGUGUCCAUGUUGAUGGCUUCUGCAGACAAACUCUCUAAUUCAGAUAGAUUAAAACAGGGUAUCAACCAACUUGUCUUGAUUACUGAAACCUACCAUCAACCAUGGAUGAAUGGUUUGAUGUUAUUGGAAGAUAGAGAACAGAAUAAACAUUAUAUAUCAACAGGAUCUGAAAGCUUUGACGUGUUACUCCAAGGUGGAUUGCGUGAGGGACAUGUAACAGAGCUAGUGGGCCCAUCAUCAUCUGGAAAAACACAAGUUUGCUUUCAAGUUGCCUCAAAUGUGGCUGUAAAGAAGGGUAAUGUCGUCUUUUUUGACUCGGGAAACUCAUUUUCUCCUACACGGAUUAAACAAAUGGUUACCCAUAUAUCUGGUUCAGAGGAGAAUAAGGUGAAUGGAGCUGUUAAAGAAGCAAUGAGACACAUAGAAUGCCAUGCGGUUUUUGACAUAUAUGCCCUGCUAGACCUUCUUCAUCAACUAAAGUUAAAUUUAAAAUCUCAUUCUCAGAAGAAGACAAUAGAGCUGAUAAUCAUUGAUUCAAUAUCAUCACUCAUUGCUCCAAUUCUAGGAGGCAGUAAUGCUCAAGGACAUGCAUUAAUGGUUUCUGUUGGAUAUCUUCUCAAGGACUUAUCACACCAACACAACAUUGCAGUUUUAGUUACAAAUCAUAUGGUUAGUGGAGAAGGAGGUAGUUUGAAGCCUGCUCUUGGUGAGAGUUGGAGAAAUAUUCCACAUGUGCAGCUACAACUUUCCCAACACCAUACAACAACCAACAUCUAUGGUGUCUAUAUACUUAGGCACCCCUACAUGGCAUCUGGCAGAAGUGUGGAUUUCAUGAUUCCAUGAUAUUUCAUAUAGCAAGAAGACUGAUGCGCAUAUGGUAAGUUAGUAACAAGUUAUAUAAAGUUUAAAUUGUAACUAUGUAACAAAUGAUGCGUCAUUGAUAUCAUUUUCCCAUUGCAUAGAAAGCCAAAUACAAUGACGCAUAUAAAAAAAUAUAUUUGUCAAUAAUCGUAUCAAUAAUUUAUGGUACAAACUAAUACUAUGUGAUGUGGC